UCUGUUGUGGCGACUACAGUAUACGACUAUAGGCUCUCGUUUCUCCGUGUGUUUCUCUUCUCUUUCUCUCUUUCUCUCUUUCUCUCGUUUGCCUCACUGCUCGCGACAUGUAGCUCGACCGCAAGUUUUUUUUAAGGCUCAUUCUACAUAAGCUGAAAUGCGCGAGAUCGGUAGUAGCGAGCAAUGCGAGCGAAAGUCGCGCACAGUCGUACAAGCUCCGAUGCAUUCCAAGCCAUUUCGGCUUUGAAUGCAAAAGGAGCUUAAAACAGCUUGACACAUGUACAACGCAGUUAGUAAGCAUAACAACGCCGUAGCGAGAGUAACAGCUGCAUCGGCUGUUUAUAGCGUGCGAUCGACUGUUGCUAGUGAUUAUCGUGAAAAAUAACAAAUAUCUUACAAUUUUAAGCGAUUGUUUUGUGCGUGAGUGCGUAGGACAAUGUCGCAAGACAGUGAAAACUUCGCGAAAAAAUUUAAGAGUUUAAGCGAACAGUUCGAUCGAGAGGUCAAACAAAAGAAACGCGAAUAUCUUGUUAAAGUUUAUACCUUGGUGGCAAAUUGGCAGGGCCAAAAUCCUAAUCUCCGGGACAUUUUUCGUCCCGAAGCAAUCGAGGAUUUUCUCAAACACUCCGUGGAGCACGACACAAUCGAGGCACAAACAACUUCAUUCAUUGAUUUUGUGAUCAGGGACGGCUACAAAGACGCGCCCAAAGUCAAUCAGAACGGCCAGCCGUUGUCGCGUCGCACCACAGCGCUGCAUUGUGUGACCAAAUCCAGAUCCGAAAUCGCCUCUAAUCUUUUUAAAAUCUACGACAGAUACGACGUGAAUUACACCGACGAAGAUGGUUUGACGCAUUUCCAUGUGGCCUGCAUGGCAGGAUGUUACGAGGUUGUCAAGAAAUUCCUCGAGCUUGGCCAGGUCGAUCCCAAUCUUCUCGUGACAAAAACAGGUGACUCGCCGCUGCAUUUCGCUCUGCGCAAGGAAAAAAACAAGGUAGUCGAAUUGUUGCUGAGAGCUGGUUCUGAUCCGAAUUUGACCAACAAGAAAGGAUCGACUGCGCUGCACAUCGCAUGCAAUAGUGGCGACGUGGACUCGGCGAAGAUGAUAUUCGAGAUGAGCGACGAAAAAUUUCGGCCGGUGCAAGUUAAUGCUCAGGACAAUUCGGGUAAUGCACCGCUGCAUUUUGCCUUGGGCAACGGAUACGAGGACUUAAUGGAACUUCUACUGAGAAAUGGCGCCAAUCCGAACAUAGCCAAUAAGGAAGGCGCGACACCUCUGCACUUUAUAGUCAGCAAUUUUGCCGAUGUCCCUGAUUAUUUGGAACUAUUCAUCAAGAUCAGCAGAGAAGUCAAUCAGAUUGUGCAGAUCGACGCUCGGGAUAAUUUGGGUCGGACACCGCUGCAAUUGGCCGUGGCGAAAAUUAGGCGGUAUAAUGUCAAAGAUUUGUUAUCUAGUGGUGCCAAUCUAUCAAACUUCGUUUUUCCCGAUGAGAGUUACUUUGGUGAUAAUUUGAAAUCUUUCGAAGAUUCUAAUCUGUUAGAAUUCAAAUACCUCUCAGUGCUUCUCGCCCUAGUAUUUGUUGAAUUCCUAGAAGAAUGGGGAUACGAACUAAAGAAAGGCGAUGCCCUGACGAUCAUGAAAUGCUUCGCCAAGUACGAAAUGUUCAAGAAAUCACCGUUGGUUGAAGAGCGUUGGUACGAGGCAGACUGGUUCGCGGAGGAUGCGAAAAAAAAAAUUAUAGAUGAUGGUCCUUCGUUCUAUGACUUGAUGAGGUUACAACCCGAUACAGCGGCGAAAUUACUCAUAGGUGCUGACUAUUUCAAAUUAUUUAUGGCAGUUGAUUACAAGUUCAUUUCCCCCUUUCACGAAAAGGCUUGCCGUGCGCAUCUGUGCGAAAUAAGGUCGAGAGAAUUUUAUCGACGAUGGGCACUGCCUUCCUUCAAGGAGCUAACGCGUCGUCACAACUUGACAAAUGUCUGCUGCAAUAUGAUCAUCGAUAAUCUAACGAACGACGAUUUAUUUAAUAUUUGCUUGGCGGCUGAAGGCCAAACCUAAGGAUAAACAUAUUUGUAAACUUGUUUUAUGUCUGUUCAUGUAAAUAAAUAUACACAAAAAAUGUAAUUAAAAUUUGCUU